GCAUGUUCUUUGCAUCUCCUCUCCCUUUCUUACUUCAUUAUUUUUCUCCUUUUCUCUCUCCCCGGCAGCCCCAUCUUUCCUUCCACAGCCAAGUCUGACUGAGACAGAGAUCGAGAUAGAGACAAGGAGCUGGAACUGGAAAUCAUUAAAAAGCAGUAUCUCCUCUCUCUACUAUUUUCGAUUUCAGUUUUGCAUCUGUUUGAGCUGCCUUUCAGAUCUUCGAAGGUUUGCUUUUGCAAAUCAAAAAUCAAAGAAUUGGGGUCCUUAAUUUGCUUUGCCCUCACAUCUUCCAGCGAUCCAAAAGAAUAAUCAGGAGUUUCACUUCUUUACUUGAAAUCAAUGAUUACCAGCACAUCCACCAAUGCAACCGCCGCCUCUUCGUCCUCCCCUCGGCGUUCAAACCGCUGGAAGUACGAGCUGUGCAAGAAUUCACCUCUACUUUUCUUUUUUCUUUGUUUUUUCCUUUUCUUGAAAUCGGUGAAUACCAGCAGCUCCGCCCAUGCAAACCGCUGGAAGUACGAGGUGUUCCUCAGCUUCGGCGACGACACACGCACUACCUUCACAGACCACCUCUACUCUGCUUUAAGCGAUGCCGGAAUUAACACGUUUGUAGACAACCAGCUCAGAAGGGAGGACAAUAUACAGAGCGAACCUGACGGAGAAAUCGAAGGGUCGAGGAUCGCCCUCGUCAUCUUCUCGAAGAGGUACGCGGAGUCCCGAUGGUGCCUGAGGGAGCUGUCGAAGAUCAUGAGGUGCCGAGAAGAUCAAGAGGUGAAGGGGAAAGUAGUCUAUCCACUAUUCUAUGACGUUGACCCUUCUGAAGUGAGGAAACAGAGUGGUAGUUUUCGGGAAGCAUUUCAGAUGCAUGAAAGGGAGGAAGAUCCAAAUGAAGUCGAGCAGUGGAGAAAGGAUCUUAAGGCUUGUGCAGAUUUGAGUGGCCGGAAUCUUAAAACCACUGCGGACGGGUAUAAUUUCAAAUUUCCUCUUUUACAAAAUUUAAUUGCUUCAAAGAAGAGCUUCUACUCACUGAGAACCUUAUGUUGUUGCUAGUAAUAGGACUAGUCUUCUGUAUGAAUUCCCAGUGGGUUAUCCACCAGUCUUUCAUGUCAGCUUAAAGGUCGACUAAUUAAUUCUUAAUUUUAAGAUAUAUGAUGAAUUAGAUUAGUUCAUAUGAAUCUUGGUGUUGCAUGAUAUGAUUGUUGCUCCUGCAAACAUUGUUAGUUUCGAUAACCUUUGAUAUGAGCUAUCUCUAUAUAUCAUCAUGCCUUUCAACAAAAGAUUAAGUUGCAACCGUUAUUCAUAUUAUAAUUUUGUGUUUGUCACCAACAUUCUUUAUCUGCAAAUACUGAGGAAGCCACAAUGAUAAUAGCCAUAGAAAUCCAAUGCUAGGAUCAUAUUAGAAGAAGAAUAUAAUGAUUAGUAAUCAGAUAAGCAUCAGCCUUCAACGGAUUAAUGAGAAGACAAUAAUAUUGGCUCUGAUACCAAAUGUUGGAACAAAUAUAGCGAACCCUAAUUCAUUAGCAGAUCAUUAAUCACAUCGUCUAAUUAAUUCUUCAUUUUAAGAUAUAUGAUGAAUUAGUUUAGUUCAUAUGAACGUUGGUGUUGCAUGAUAUGAUGAAUGAUCUGUUUGCAUAAUUUGGACUUUCAAUUUGCAGGCGUGAAGCAUUGUUUAUCCAGAAUGUUGUUGGGGACAUCAGCGCACUAA